CAGGCUGCUGAGUCGCCCAGCACAACAUGUUCCAGCUGAGCCAGGAGUCGAGCGUCAUCUACCAGGAGGCCGUGCCCCUCCGCGCCGGCCAUGUCGGCCACGUCGGCGUGCACCACGACCUGGAGGUGCCGCGGCGCCGCUUCUACCGCUACGUGCGAACCUCCACGUCCUCCGUGACCACGUCCUCGUCGUCGGCCACCUCGGCGUCGUCGGCGUCCUCGCGCCGCCAGAUGGAGCCCCUGGCGCCGCACAACCGGCAGGACGACGAGACGCCCAGGAAGCUGAUGGCGCUGCGGGGGCUGCGGCAGUACGCCAGCACCGACUACUACCUGCACGUCAGCACCAGCUCGCCGCACAAGGUUGACCGCGCGGCGUGCGGGUCGGCGUGCGGACCGGGGCCGCCGGCCUCCUACAACAACUGGGCCAAGAAGGGCUCCGUGCGGAACAAUGGCGAGGUGCUCAAGCGCUCCAGGAUCCAGACUGCGUACGAGCUGUCCCAGGACCUGCAGGACAAGCGCAUCGAGAUGCUGGAGCGGAAGUACGGCGGCGUCAAGGCGCGCACCGCGGCGCUCACCAUCCAGCGCGCCUUCCGGCGCUACACACUGCUCAAGAAGUUCGCGGCCAUCACGGCCAUGGCCAAGGCGGAGAAGCGGCUGAGCCGGCGGCUGCAGACGAGCGCCGACCUCUGCGACGCCGGCGUCGCGGGGCCGCUGCCGCCCUUGGGGUCCAUGCCCUUGGGGCCCAUGCCCUUGGGGCCCAUGCCCUUGGGGCCCAUGCCCCCGCUCAGCCCCGUGGCCGCGCCGCCGCCCGCCCAGGGCGUGAGCCCCGUCGCCGUCGCCGGCCCGGCCCCCGGCAUGGGCGCCGUGCAGACCCAGGGCGUGCAGGGCAACCAGGUGAACCCCAGGGCCGUCCCCGUGCGAUCGCUGUCCCUGCGCGAGCGCCGCCUGCCCCGGAGCCAGUCCAGCUGCUGCGGACAGCCGGGCCAGCACGGCCAGCACGGCCCCGCGCCGCCCGGGCUGCAGCAGGGCCAGCAGCUGGAGCACUACGACUACUACCAGCAGCAGCACCAGCAGCAGUGCACCGCGUGCCACGACGGCUCCGUCACGUACUGGGACUCCACCACGGCGCACUUCUACUCGCCGCACGAGUCCUUCGCGGAGCACGACAUGAGCUCUUCGAUGGGGCCUGUGCGCGGGUUCGCGCCGCUCGGCCACGGCCACAGCCACUGCCUGGCUAUCAUGCACGCCCACGGUGGCGGCCUCGACGGCCUAAGCGCCGUCGGCAUGCUGACCGUGCAGGGCGACCCUUGGUCCACCCUGAGCCCCUGCCCGCCCUGCCCGUGCCCUGUGUCCUGCCCCUGUAACUCCUGUCCGAGUCCCUUGUCCUCCUCGCCCGCGGGCAGCGUGUCUAGUGUGGCCAGCUACCAGUCGCGCCACCGCAGCAAGGUGCCCCCCGACGUGCCGAAGCGCACCUCGUCCAUCACGCCGCUGCCGGGCGCGGGCCAGGGCCUCGGCCAGGGCCUCGGCCAGGGCCUCGGCCACCAGGGCCGCACCUCGCUGUCGUCGCUGCCCGGGCGGCUGGGCGGCGGCUCGCUGGGCGGCGACAGUGGCAGCAUCACGUCCGUGCACUCGUCGGGCUCGGACAGCAGCAGCCACACUGCCACCGCCAGCGCGGGCUGCGACCAGCGCUGCGACCAGCUCUGCGACCCGCGAUGCGACGACGGCCCCGGCCGCUCCACGUCGCCGCUCUGGAAGCGCAAGGAGCAGGAGUGCUCCGCCGGCCUCGUCCUGCAGGGCCAGCUCCAGGGCCAGCUCCAGGGCCAGGCGCAGCAGCUGCAGGGAAGUCCUGCCUUCAACAUGCAGGAGCCCCCACAGCACGUCAUGUACAAGGUGUCGGAAACUGUGAGGAAGAGACAGUAUCGAGUCGGGCUCAAUUUAUUCAACAAGAAACCGGAGCGAGGAAUCAGCUACCUUAUCCGACGAGGCUUCUUAGAAAAUUCCCCUCAAGGAGUGGCUAGAUUUCUCAUCUCUCGCAAGGGACUGAGCAAGCAGAUGAUUGGAGAGUAUCUAGGCAAUUUGCAAAGUCCCUUCAACAUGGCCGUGCUUGAAUGCUUUUCCGACGAGCUGGACCUCUGCGGAAUGGCUGUGGAUGUUGGUCUUCGGAAAUUCCAGUCCCACUUCCGCAUGCCAGGAGAAGCGCAGAAGAUUGAGAGGCUGAUGGAAGUGUUCUCAACAAGAUACUGUCGCUGUAAUCAGGAUGUUGUCGCCAGACUACGUUCACCAGAUACCGUCUUUGUCCUAGCGUUUGCUAUCAUUAUGCUCAAUACUGAUCUUCACACUCCCAACAUCAAAGCCGAAAGACGGAUGAAACUUGAGGACUUCAUAAAAAAUUUAAGAGGAAUUGAUGACUGCCAUGACAUCGAUAAAGACAUGCUUGCUGGCAUUUAUGAUCGUGUGAAGAGUAAUGAAUUCAAGCCAGGCUCUGACCAUGUCACUCAAGUUAUGAAAGUCCAAAGCACGAUUGUUGGAAAGAAACCUAACAUGGCGUUACCACACAGACGUUUGGUUUGCUAUUGCCGCUUGUAUGAAGUACCAGAUCCUUACAAAAAGGAAAGACCAGGAGUUCACCAAAGAGAAGUUUUCCUCUUCAAUGACUUGCUUGUAAUCACUAAGAUACUUUCCAAGAAGAAAAAUUCUGUGACAUAUACAUUCCGACAAAGUUUUCCUCUGUGUGGUAUGAUGGUGACUUUAUUUGAUGUGCCAUAUUAUCCCUUUGGAAUUCGAUUGUCUCAGCGUGUGGAUGGGAAGGUGCUGGUCACCUUCAAUGCUCGCAAUGAGCAUGACCGUUGCAAGUUUGCAGAAGAUCUUAGGGAAUCUGUUUGUGAAAUGGAUGAGAUGGAAAAUCUACGUAUUGAAGCUGAGCUGGAUAGACAGAAGAGCAGUCACGCUGUGCGAACUGCUAGAACUGGUGCUGCUGGCAGCACUGGGGGCAGUUUGAACAAUAACUCUGACAACAGAGAUUCAGGUGUGGCUGAUGUCGAAGCUAUGUACACAUGUGGGCCUCAGGAAAACUGUGUACGAGGAGAAGCUGAAGCUUGUGGGAUGGAACGAGAACGUCUUGUGUCUACUGAUGUAUCCCUAAAACGUUCUGCUCUCAGUAAUUCCCUCCUUGAUAUUCAUGAACAAUUUAUAGCUACCGAGAAACCUCAGCGCAGGGGCAGUGUUGGGUCCCUGGAUAGUGGAAUGUCCAUCUCUUUCCAGUCAACAUCAGCUAGCACAGUGAGCAGGGACUCCUCUCCUCAGAAUGUGCAACCAUCUCCUGGUGCCAUUGCCAAAGGUGUUGGCAAAGCAGUGUGUCAUAUCCAAAGUCAUCCACACCAAAUGCAGCAGCCGCACAAUCAUGUGUUGCACCCAAACCACGCAGGGCACAUGGGCCAUGCUGGGCACCCUGCCCACCCUGGGCAACCGUCUCUCUUGAGUGGUUUAUUUGCGAAGAGAGAACGGAAGGUUUUUCGAGAUGAAAACAGCCCAUACAGUCGCAGUACUGAAGUCUAGUCCUCUCUGGCCCAUUGCCUGUGAAAUCUCUAGUCCUGAUCUGGCCAGUGAUAUUGACCUAGAUCUUUUUUUAGCUGCAAUUUGACAGUUGAGUGAUAAACUAUGUGCAUAUUUUUUGGUUGUUCUUUUUUUAAAAUUGUAUCGUUUCAAUCAAAGUUGUGUUAUAGUUGCUUAGAGUGUCUUUGGGUAACCGAUUUGAGCAACUCUAUGUUUAUCAUUUGUCCUGUGGUUCCUUGUUUUGUUUCAUUCAACUGUCAAAAUGCAAAGGAUGUUUGUGGGUCUUCUUAGUUCUAUUUUUCUUAACUUAAUAUCUUUCUUUCUUGACCCUGUUAUAAACUUUGUUGAGGCUGUGUUUUGUGGUUGUAAAGGUGGCUUAUUAUCAAUUUUGGUUUCAUGUUAACUGAGAGUCCUUACAGGCUUAUGUACCAAAGCCUAAUGAAAUGUGCUGUUUCCCUUCCUAUGUUCAUUCACUUGAUAGGGUCCAAACUAGGGAACUUGAGACUGCACUUAACGGAAGGUGCAUUUUAUCCAGCUCAGCAUUAAUGUCAACUUUGUCAAAUUGUCAUAUGUAGUUGACUUGGACUUAUUUUAAAAAUAACUUCUUGGAAACUUUAUUACCUUAACUUGUUGCCAAUAAGAUAAAUUACAAUAUUGUCAUUGUUUGGAAGUAUUUAAACCAUGGUCAUCUACUUCUGUUUUUAAGUUUUAUAGUAAGAAUGUAAAUGGCAUGUUCCAUAAACUAUUUUUAACUUUUUUGAACCAAUGAUCACUCUGUUGUCACACUGCCAUUCUCCCACACUGUUUUAAGCGCAUGUGGAGCAGUUUUUGUGUCUUCUAAUUUUCAAAUUGUUUAGUCAUUCCUUAUAGAAGCCAAUUUGAACUUGUGGUUGUUCCGCUCUGUUUUUGCACUGUCUCGAUUUAAUUUUAUCUUCUUGUGGACCAGUACUUUUAUGUCUUUUUCCUGUUUUGUUUUUUUUGUUUUUCUUGAUUUGGUUGGUGACUGGUUUGGUGUUUGUAGUCUGCAACGAUUGCCAUUGAUUAUAUCUGAUAAUGUCUCAUUUAUCGUGGCUGAAUUAUGCUCUGGAUAAAAUUGUAACUGUAUAAAUUUUCUGCAUAAAUAAUAAGUUUGAAGGGUUCAUGAUUUGUUUCGAUAAUUUUUUAAAAUGUUACCCGUUUCUUCUUUGUAUUAUUUUUGUCUGAUUGAAAACUUGUUAAUUUAUCUUAGGAAUUCCUAGUAUUGUGGGUGCUAGUCUGUUUUCACCUUCCGGUUACAAUUAAACCUGCUUCAGGUUCUAACUUCCCUUUGUGGGUCAGAGCCUUUAUAAGUCAUGUGCAGUGUGCUCUCUAGUUAAUUAAAAUACAAUAUACCCUCCUAAAGGGCCAGUCCUUUAGGAGGGUAUGUUGCAUUUUUAUUCAGUUUUGUCUUUCUCAGGCUUAUGUUCAAUAAUUUCUGUUUUUGUUACAUAAGAAUGUGAAAAAAAGAAGUCAAAAUUGCUCGGAUGUUGUCUUUAUAAUGGGGGGUGUUCUAAUAUUAUGAUCGUAAGCUAGCAACGCCUCGGAAGUCUUUUUCCUUUGUCUAAUUUAAGUAAUCUAAUCUGUACAUAUUGUAAUCUCAUAAGCAAUAUUUAAUGUUUUGUAUAUCUUUUGUAAUCCAUUGUAUACCUUUUCUAAUUAAUUUGUUUAAUACUUCUUUACCAAUCAUGUUGUUUGGAAUCAUCUGCAUGCCAAUUUGUUUGUCCUGUGUUAAAAUUUUGAACCAAAGUUUUACUUUAUUGAGUUGACGUUUUCUUUCUUUGAGGUUGGUGCUUUUAGUCCCCUUUAUACUCAGCAAUAUUGAGAAGGAUUCAUUUAAGUUUAUGAUAAUGUUAAUAAGAUUAACUCAUAGUUUUCUAUAAUAUAUGACUUUUAUUCAUCAUUAUUAUCAUUUCUCAUCAAACUUCACUGUAAAUAUGUAUCUAUUGUGUACAGAUUCUUGAAGAGCAGGCGAUUGUUACCUAGAUGAUAAAUAUACCAGAAUAUAACAGA